AUGUGCACCGCCAAACCCCCCAAAACCCGCCCCUCCUCCUCCACCUCCAAAACCCCCUGCUCCUCCUCCUCCUCCACCACCACCACCUUCCUAACCCCCCUCUGGUGGACCCUCCUCGUCACCCUCAACAUCCUCUGGCUCGUCUUCCUCAGCCGACAAGCCUUUUCCCUGCUGCAGACCCUGUGGCAGGCCCCGGCGGACGACUACCUGUUCUUCUUCCACCUGGCCGCGGCCAUGGUGCGCGUGUGGGUGGUCGAGCCGCUGAGUGCUCGGGUUGGGGAGUAUGUGGAUUUGUUGAUGUAA